GCUAUUGCCGUUUGUGACCUGUCUCGCACCCCUGAAGAGGUAAUAGACCAGGUAUUGGAAUCGGGCUUGCAGGGACGGGGCGGUGCCUACUUUCCGCCGGCCCGUAAGUGGCAAGGGGCGCGGGCCUUUCCCGAACCCCGCUUCCUGGUGGUCAAUGCCGAAGAGGGGGAGCCGGGCCUCUUCAAGGACCGGCACAUCAUGGAGGGUUUGCCUCACCGCCUGCUGGAAGGGGCGCUGAUAGCGGCCUACGCCACGGGAGCUUCCCGCUGUUACAUCUACAUCAACGCCGAAGCUCACCUGUCGGCGGAGCGGGUGGAAGCGGCUCUGGAGCAGGCGCGAAGCAAUGGACUGGUGGGCGAGGACAUCCUGGGUUCCGGAUUUAACUGCGUGGUGGAGGUGCGCCGGGGCGCGGGCGGCUACGUAUGUGGUGAAGAGACGACACUGCUGAACACUAUUGAGGGCCGCCGCAGGGAACCCAGGCUGAGACCUCCCUUUCCGGUGGAGUCGGGUCUUUUCAGGCAGCCUACGGUGAUCAACAACGUGGAGACCCUGGCCAACCUUCCCUACAUCCUGCAGCGCGGGCCAGCGCGUUACGGGCAAGUGGGACUGGAGUCGGCCCCUGGCACAAAGUUGAUUUGCCUGAGCGGGGCCGUGCGCCGGCCCGGGCUGGCCGAAGUCCCCAUGGGCACCACGCUGCGCCAGGUGAUUCACGGCAUUGGCGGUGGCCCUCCGGAAGGCAGGGAGAUUGGCGUGGUAGCCGUGGGUGGCCCCUCCAGCGGCGUGCUUCCACCUUCUGAAUUGGAUCUGGAACUGAGGCCAGGAAUGCUUCACUCAUCGGGCGUAGUAAUGGGCGCCGGUGGAAUAAUGGUGAUGGACACGUCGGUGCCGGCCAUCGAGGUAGUCCGACGAUUGGCUGCCUACAACGCCGCCGAGUCCUGUGGCAAGUGUACUCCUUGUCGCGAAGGGACACCCCGCAUCGUGGAGGCAUUGGACCGUCUGGCGUCAGGCAACGACUCUGGCAACAAAUCCGGCGCCAUUUCUGACAGCGAUGUGGAAGAGUUGCGCUAUCUGGCAGAGAUUGUAGGGGCGGCGUCCCUGUGUGGCCUGGGGCAAAUGGCGGGCGGACCGGUGCAAAGUUUGUUGCACUUUUUUGGCGAUCAGUUGGCGCGACAGGGUGGCGAUGGCUGA